AUGGUGAAAACAUCAGAUGCGCGCGCGACCGAGAACGCGCCCAAUUCAAUAGAGCAGCUGAACGAUCUCCUCAAAGAUGAUACCAAAGUCAAGGUUGCUGGCAUUGAUGUGGAUGGUCUUCUCAGGGGCAAAUUCAUGUCUAAAGAAAAGUUUAUGAGUGCGGCAUCUUCGGACGGAUUCGGCUUCUGCAGUGUGAUCUUUGGCUGGGAUAUGCACGACACCGUCUACUCGCGGGAGCUGCUCAUCUCCAAUAGGGCCAAUGGAUAUCGAGAUAUCUUAGCCUCCAUUGAUCUCUCCACGUACCGUCGCAUCCCUUGGGAAAAUAAUGUUCCUUUCUUCCUGGUUUCCUUCCUCGACCCCGAAACUAAGGAGCCUAUAUGCGCGGACCCACGCGGUGUCUUGAAAAAAGUUGUAGAGUCAGCCGAUAAACAAGGUUGGCAAUGUUAUGCGGGGUGUGAAUAUGAGGUGGGCACUGCCAUUUUCCGGAAUGUCCGCCGCUACGUGUUUCUCACAUCAAGUGUGGCGAUAUUUCAGUAUUUUCAGUUCAAAGAAACUCCUCAUACACUAGCCGAAAAGAACUUCAACAGCCUACAACCGCUGACUUCCGGGAUGCAUGGUUACUCGCUACUGAGAACGCAGUUGAACAAUAACUAUUUCCACGACAUUUUUGACGAAUCCCUCAAUUUUGGAGUACCUCUGGAAGGCCACCACACGGAGACAGGACCCGGGGUGUACGAGACCGCUCUCGCAUAUACCAUGGCGUCACGAAUGGCCGAUAACGCAAUCCUGUUCAAAUACUUGGUGAAGAGCGUGGGUAUGAAGCAUGGUAUAGUCCCUAGUUUCAUGGCAAAACCUUGGGGAAAUCUACCUGGCUGCAGUGGCCACAUACAUGUCUCCUUGCGAGAUCGGAAUGGAAAGAGCAUCUUUGCCGUAUCAGAUGCAGAAUUAGGGAUUGGUCGGAGAAACGCUGCUUAUCCAGACACGAAGUUUAUCAGUCAAGAAGCCGAAUGGUUUCUUGCCGGAGUUUUGGAAGGGCUUCCUGACGUGAUGCCUUUGCUCGUCCCGACGAUCAAUGGAUACAAACGUCUGGUCGGCGGCGAAGCCUUCUGGGCACCUAACGCCGUCACAUACGGAUACGACUCGCGCGCCGCGUCGGUGCGUAUACUCUCUCCUCCAUCUGUUCCUCCAUACGCCACCAGGAUGGAGAUCCGCGUGCCUGGCGCCGACAUGAACCCAUACUUUGCUAUGAGCGCAAUUUUUGCGUUAGGUAUGCGCGGCAUUGCGAAAGAGUUGCAAUUGUCAGGACCCCCUGUGAGUCAGUUGACGCUCGAGGACAAGAAGAAUGGGAGGGUCCAGAUGCUUCCACAGUCCCUCGAAUCGGCAACAGAGCGCAUGAUGCGAUCUGAUAGCAUCGCUCGUGAGGAGGCUGUAUUCGGACAGGACUUCGUGGAUCAUUUCGGUGGUACGCGACAGCACGAAGUGAGACUUUGGAAUGAGGCGGUGACCAGCUGGGAAGGCACCGCCAGCGCCGAACAAGAGCUCCCACUGGCUGCGAUUCAUUCGUCUGUGUUUGCAAAGAUUCUCGAGUAUUGUAUACUUUAUCGCGGACGACCCACAGAUGAGGGCGCUGUCCGGCGCGAUGAUGAGUGGGAUCAGUCGUUCAUCACCAAUCUUGGUUCCACAGAUGCUUUCUUCGAUAUCAUCAUGGCCGCAAACUUUCUCAACUUCAAACCUCUCCUAGACCUCGGCUGCCGUCGAGUAGCCAAAAUGAUACAAGGCAAAACGCCGAGCGAGAUACGGGCCCUCAUGAACAUACUAUAG